GACGCCGUGGAGCUUCUUCCACGUGUGCGAUGCCGUGGACUCGCUGGGCAUCCUGGCGCUGGCCCAGAAGAUCCCAGACAGGUGGGUGGACUGGAGCCACGGCGGCAGGCGCAAGCCCGAGCGGAUGCACAGCACGAUGCUCCUGAACAUGUCCGGCCCGCAGCACCUCCCGAGGCUGAAGCGGGUGUGCCAGGAGGCGGCGCCCGUCGCGGUGAGCGUGCGCGAGCUGUUCUGCUCCCGCGUGGAGCGCAUCGCCGACGCCGAGGUCUACUGCAUCGGCGUUGGCCUUGGCAGCCCGGAGCUGCGGGCCCUGAAGGACGCCUGGCUGUCCGAGGAGGCCGAGGAGAACCGCAAGGUCCACGUGCCCUACGACUCCGAGGGCCACA